UUCUCAUUUGCAAAAAAAAUUACGUAUGGUUUCUGUUUUGUCAACAAAAAAAGGUUGACUUCAUUGCAUUUUCUCAUAAAAGAAAAAAUUCCAUUUUUUAUACAAAAUAUAAGUAAAAACGAAACAAAAAUAAAAAAUUAUUAUGACUGAAAUAAAAGAUGCAACAAUAAUUGUUAAAUGGAGUGGCAAAGAAUACCCCAUUACCGAUCUAACAGAUCAAGACACUGUUGCUGUACUCAAACAUGAAAUCUUUAAAAAAACACAAGUUCGUCCUGAACGACAAAAAUUAUUAAAUCUUAAAUUUAAAGGAAAACUUGCUGCUGACAAUGUAAAAAUCAACAAUUUAGAGCUGAAACCUAAUUUCAAGCUAAUGAUGGUUGGAUCCACUGAAGCUGAUAUAGAAGAUGCUUGCAAUCGUCCUGAGGGACUUGCCGAAGUCAUUGAUGACUUUGAUGAUCCCGAAGAAAAAGAGGUCUCUGUGGAGAACUCUGCUGUAUUUUUGGCCAAAAUUGCCAAACGUAUAAAAGACUAUAAAAUCACAGUUUUCAAUCCGCCGAGAGAGGGUAAACGUUUACUUGUCUUGGACAUUGAUUAUACUCUCUUUGAUCAUCGUUCUUCCGCCGAAACUGGGGCCGAACUUAUGCGUCCUUAUUUGCAUGAGUUUUUGACCUCGGCCUAUGAAGACUAUGACAUUGUAAUUUGGUCUGCCACUGGCAUGCGUUGGAUCGAGGAGAAAAUGAAACUCCUUGGUGUUAGCCAACACACGAGCUAUAAAAUAAUGUUUUAUUUAGAUUUGAAUGCUAUGAUAACAGUUCACACUGCGGAGCGAGGUGUAAUUGAUGUUAAACCACUCGGUGUCAUUUGGGGUAAUUUCCCACAAUACAGUUCAAAGAAUACUAUCAUGUUUGAUGAUAUUCGAAGGAAUUUCAUAAUGAAUCCAAAAUGUGGACUGAAGAUACGUCCGUUUCGACAGGCACAUUUUAAUCGUCAGACUGAUAAGGAAUUGGUUAAAUUGGCCAAGUAUUUGAAAGAUAUUGCUGAUAAUUGUUGUGAUUUUAAUAAGUUGAAUCAUCGCAAGUGGGAGAGUUAUAAUCCAAGGAAAUAGAAUUAAGUUUGUAGUUGUAGUAGUAUGUUCGCUCUUAAGAUUGUUUACAAAAAAAAAACGCAUUUGAGUGGUAAUUAGAAAAAAAUAAAACCGAAGUUUUCUUAAAA